AUGUUGUUAAAUUGUGCGAAAUAACUUCAAAUACAGUUAGUGAAAUCUAUUUUUAAGGACAUAUGGUUUGGGAGCAGAUGAACGCAUUGAAAGUGUUCUGAAUGUUUGAAAUCCUCGAAAAAAAUAACAUCCCAACGUUAGCAUGCCGAUGUAACAAUGUGUUAAGCGAACCUGACUGGUUAACGUUAGCUAUUUGCAUAUCUAAAGUUAAAUGUACAUUGUUUUCUGAAAUGCAACGAUACUGACAUUUGCUUACAAUUUAGUAUUGUUCGGACGUAAAAGUGAUGUCAACUAUUCCUUCACACAUUAAUUAUUAGCUAGCUAACGCGUUCGCUGGAGACAGCUUGCUACCUAACAGCCAUUGUAAGUAUCUGCUGCGUCUUACCAGACUGGAAAGAAUAGGAGAUAUAACUACCAAUUUCUUUCUCGUAUUCAUCCAGACGCUACUAUAGCUAGCUAGUAUGAUGUUAGUUGUCUUACAGAAAGACACAUUCAGGAUCCUUACCACUACGAUUUAGAAAGCAAGCAGAAUGUUGGGGGAAUGCGGUAUGCUGGAACGAGACAGAAGGGGGCUACGGAAAUGCUCUGUGACUCUCUGCAAAGAGAUGGUGGUAGACGAGCUGUUCAUUCAGUCGCUGCAGACAGACGACAUUCUUACCGACAGCAUGGCAGAAAGCAUCCUGGCGGAGCCGACCUCCCACAAGCGGAGCUGGCGUCUGCUGUCCCUGCUCCCCAAGCGUGGUCCCAGAGCCUUCAGCAGCUUCUGCUCAGCACUGAGAGACACAGAGCAGCAGCACCUAUGUGCCCUGCUCACAGAGUCACCAGAGAGGGACGGAGAGAGACAAUGUCCCCAGACAGCUAGGGCGAAAGACAGGGCUGAGGAGGUGAUUUCCACAACAUACCCAAUCCAAGCUUCAGGCCGCUACGCCCUAUUCACAAAGACCCCAGUUAAAGAUGGUGAGAAAGAGAGGGAUGAAGAGAAAGAGAGAUAUGUGGACUCUCCCCUCCCACUGCCCACCCAGGAGGGGAUGGUUCCAGCCAAGAGAGCCAGAACACAAGAGUCAAUGGAGAUGUGUCUGGAUGCAGACAGUCCCAUCACCAGCCCUGUUCUUCCCUGUACACCAGACUUCUACCUCUCACACUGCCAACAGUCCUAUAGUAUGGUAUCUAGUCCUCGUGGCCUGGCCUUGGUGAUCAGUAAUGUCUCCUUUGACCCCUGUGCUGCUCCUGACCUGGACUCCAGGAAGGGAGGGGAGGUGGACGAGGAGGUCCUCAGGAAGGUGUUCACUGAGCUGGACUACAUAGUCACCGUCCGGAGAGACCUCACAGCUCCGGGCAUGCGGGCGUGCAUUGAGCAGUUUGGCAGACGGCAGCAGCACCAGACAGUAUCCAGCUGUGUGGUGUGUCUGCUGUCCCAUGGAGUAGAGGGGGCUAUCUACGGCACAGACGGACAGCUACUGGAGUUGGACUGGGUGUUUGAGGCGUUUGACAACGCCCACUGUCCUCUACUGCAGAAUAAACCCAAGAUGUUCUUCAUUCAGGCCUGCAGAGGAGAGGAGAUGGACUGUGGGGUGGAGCAGUCAGACGGGCCAGAGAGGACCCAGUCUCCUGGCUGUGAACAGAGGGAUGCAGGGAGGGAGGGAGAGGGCGAUGGAGACACCAGGCAGAUGGAGGAGAGAGGCAGGCUCAGAGUCAAACUGCCCCAGCGCUCUGACAUGAUCUGCGGCUUCGCCUCCCUCAAAGGCACUGCAGCCAUGAGGAACACCAAGAGAGGAUCCUGGUUCAUCCAAGAGGUCAACUCAGCGCUCCGCUUCAGAGCCAGAGACACACACCUAUCAGACAUACUGGUGCAGGUGAAUGGUCGUAUUAAAGACAGAGAAGGCUAUGCUCCUGGCACCCCCCACCAUCGCUGUAAGGAGAUGUCUGAAUUCACCAGCUCCCUCUGCAAAGACCUCUACCUGUUCCCCAAGUACCACCCUCAGUACUGACACGCACACAUUUCUGCACCCCUACAGCACCACACACAUACCGCACCCACUACUGACACAUACUGUUACACACACUCACAGAGGAUUCAUUCAUUCACAUUUGCUGUGCAAAUUCCCUCUCACAGACAAACUCUUGGAAAGGAAAAUGGAAUAAGUUGUUGUAAGUCUGUGUGCUUGGUAAUGGGCAUGAAGUAUACAUGACUGGUAUGCAGCUGAUGUGUGUACCUACCUAUCAGCUAGGCCUGCUAUAUGUGUAUCUGUGCCAGUUAGAAAUGGGAUUGAAAUGUUCUAGGAAAUAUUUUAGCUCGCUAACACACCAGAAUAUAUUUAAAUGUAUCACUUUUAAUUUCUAACUAAACAGUAACUUUUGGGUUUCAAGUUUAUUCUUUUUUUAAACGUAUUUUGUAUGCAGAUCUAUUUUUAUCAAUUUAUUUUGUAUCAAAUCAUUUUUAAGCUGUUUUUUGUAAGAAUUGUAAAGCCCUUGUCUCCUUUUUGUAUUGAAAAAUGUUUAUUAUAAAAUGCAUGUCAUUAUAUGCAUUAGAAUAGGAAAUCCCCCUGACCAAAUGAAGGUGUGUCCAUCUGAUGGGCAGACAGGUGAUGGUGUAAAGUUAUUGGCUGAGGAUGCAGCAUGGAGGGAGCUGCAUUUCAAUACCUUACUGUUUUUACACCCUCCUCCUAGUAAUCUGAGUCUUCCACUGAAGGAUACUGGAACAAGUAGAUAAGAUAUUGGGAGUUUCAGGUUUGUUAGGAAUGAUUUGAUGUGUUAUUGAGGCAACAAGUGUACUGCAUUCCAUUUGAAUAGAAUGGAGUCAUGACCAUUUCUCUCACAAACAACUGUCCUCCUCCCCCUCCCAUCUCUCUACCUCCAUAAGGGGGUUACGGUCUAAGGCACUGCAUCUCAGUGCAAGAGGCGUCACUACAGUCCCUGUUUCGAAUGCAGGCUGUGUCACAUCUGGCUGUGAUUGGGAGUCCCAUAGGGCGGCGCACAAUUGGCCCAGCGUCGCGUCAUCCAGGUUUGGCCGGGGUAGGCCGUCAUUGUAAAUAAGAAUUUGUUCUUAACUGACUUGCCUAGUUAAAUAAAGGUUAAAUAAAACAUUUAGGUUAAUUAAUGUUGGAACUACACUGGUAACCAGACUUAUUACUUAGAUGUGAUGAAAGAAAUGUCAACAUUUUAUUUAAAUUAGUUACAUUUAUAUGUUACACCAAUGAAUUAUAUUAGAAUUCUAUGUAACUGCUUGUCAUCUCUGGUCAACUUGAGACCUAAGUUAUCCACUGUCAACGUUUGCUUGACCAUUAAGAUUUCAGUUCACAAGAUGGAUGUACAUCAAAUGUAUUUAUAUAGCCCUUCUUACAUCAGCUGAUAUCACAAAGUGCUGUACAGAAACCCAGCCUAAAACCCCAAACAGCAAGCAAUGCAGGUGUAGAAGCACGGUGGCAUGGAUGUUUUAAAGAUGUAUUGAUUGAUUUUAAAGCAGCUACAGUAUUUUCCUUUUCGAUUUGAUAUGCAAUAUUCCAUAACAAUGUGUGCCAUGUGAAAUAUGUGUUAAGUAUUGUCUUUAAAAUACUUGGUUUAUCAUUUACAUAGGAUGACGCAUCACAUUCAAGUGUAUGAGCAGCAAUAUUGAUGUUUCUCAGAAUGAGUAGCGGUGUGUUUGAUUCUAACAGUGUUGUAGGGAAGAGUGAUAUGACAGGAACAGUAUGAAUUGAGCUGUUGACCAACCAAUCACAGAGUCAACGCGUAGUGAUCAUCUUUAAAACCAGUUCUACAGAGAUCCUGUUAAAUAGUAUUCUAAUUCUAUGGACAGUUCACCCCAAAAUCAAAGUGCCAGAUGUUAGACGUUUUCCAUUCGGUUUGAAGCCUCUAGUUCGGUUUCAACUAACUUAAUGUGUACAAUAUAGCAUCUACACAACCGGUGUGGUUGAAAGCCAUGUUUUUUGAAAUUGUAAAUGUUCAGAAAGUGGAUUUUGUGGUGAAGUAGAUUAUCCCUUGAAAGUGAAGUACUGAGGGCUGGGGUUCACUGCCGUAAGCUAAGGAGCUGCUGGGGAUGUGGGGGAAGAUGACUGUAUUUAUGUCUAAAGCAAAGACUGCCAAAUGUUCAAGAAAAUAAACAGCCUUUUGUUUUGUU